CAGGCUCGUUGAUAAUACUGUACUAGUCGCCACACGGUAGCCUCUCACUCAGGUAGACGGACCCACAGCUGCACCAAGUGUUCUUAUCUCCUCCCAGCCCAUCCCCACCAGCCAAUCAGAAUGGAGGUGAACAGUACGGCCACCAUCUUGUCCUCUGCCUUCCUGGCCGUGGAAUAUGUUGAUGCUGUUUUACCUGACAACCCUCUUCAGCCUUCACUACAAUACGCCUGGGGGUAUGUGAAUGAGAACUACACUAAAUUCCAGAUCGCCACCUGGGGUUCUCUCAUCGUCCACGAGGCCAUCUACUUCCUGUUUUGUCUACCUGGUUUCCUGUUUCAGUUCCUUCCCUUCAUGCAGAAGUACAAGAUCCAACAGGACAAGCCAGAGACGUGGGAGAAACAGUGGAGGUGUUUCAAGAUGCUGCUGUUCAACCACUUCUGUAUCCAGCUGCCCAUGAUCUGUGGAACGUACCACUUCACUGAGUUCUUCAGCAUCCCCUACGACUGGGACAGCAUGCCACGAUGGCCCUACCUGUUAGCUCAGUGUCUAGGCUGUGCUGUGAUAGAGGACACCUGGCACUAUUUCCUCCAUCGCCUGCUACAUCACCGCAGUAUCUACAAGCACAUCCACAAAGUGCACCACGAGUUCACUGCUCCAUUUGGCAUGCAGGCAGAGUACGCCCACCCAGCUGAGACAGUGAUCCUUGGGUCUGGGUUCUUCAUCGGCAUCAUGGUGUUCUGUAACCACGUGACGUUGCUAUGGGCCUGGGUCGCCUUCCGCCUGCUGGAGACCAUCGACGUACACAGUGGGUAUGACAUCCCUCUCAACCCUCUCCACCUGAUUCCGUUCUAUGCCGGAGCUCGUUUCCAUGACUUCCACCAUAUGAACUUCGUAGGGAACUACGCCUCCACCUUUACCUGGUGGGACAAGAUACUGCACACUGACUCCCAGUACAACAGACACAUGAUGAGCAAGAAGAACCAGUAGACAGACACACAGACACACGGACACACGGACGCAGACACACGGACAGACAGACACACAGACACACGGACGCAGACAUACGGACGCAGACACACG